UCUCAGGUUGAGGCUCCCUUCCCUGGGCUGUGGAUCUUUCCAGCAAUACCAUGUCCCUCUCAGUGCGCACCUCUGGGCUGCCCCGGCGGCUGUCUUCCCAGAGUGGGACAUCGGGCAGAGCCAGGGGCACGUCUGCUUCCAUAGUUGGAAGUAGCUAUGGGGGGAGCACCCUUGGCUUUGGAGACAGCUAUGGGGGAGGCUUUUCUGCUGCUUCCAUGUUAGGUUCUAGUUCUGGCUUUGGUGGUGGCUCUGGAAUUUCCUUUGCAGGAGGACUGGGUGCUGCUUAUGGGGGAGCCCUGGGAGGUGGCUCUGGAGCCCUGGGAGGUGGCUUUGGAGCCCUGGGAGGUGGCUUUGGAGGCCUAGGAGGUGGCUUUGGAGGCCUGGGAAUUGGAUUUGGGGGAAGCCCAGGAGGUGGCUCUGCAGGUAUUCUCUCUGGCAAUGAUGGAGGCCUUCUUUCUGGAUCAGAGAAGGAAACCAUGCAAAAUCUUAAUGACAGAUUGGCUUCCUAUCUGGAUAAGGUUAGAGCUCUAGAAGAGGCUAAUACUGAGCUAGAAAACAAAAUUCGAGAAUGGUAUGAAACACGAGGAUCUGGGACUGGAGACCCCGGAUCACAGAGUGAUUACAGUAAAUAUUAUCCAUUGAUCGAAGACCUCAGGAAUGAGAUAAUUUCUGCCAGCAUUGGAAAUGCCCAGCUCAUCUUGCAGAUUGACAAUGCAAGACUGGCUGCCGAAGACUUCAGAAUGAAGUACGAGAACGAGCUGGCCCUGCACCAGAGUGUGGAGGCUGACAUUAACGGCCUGCGCCGUGUGCUGGACGAGCUGACCCUGGCCAGAGCCGACCUGGAAAUGCAGAUCGAGAACCUAACAGAAGAACUGGCCUACCUGAAGAAGAACCACGAAGAGGAGCUCCAAAGCUUCCGGGCAGGCGGCCCAGGGGAGAUCAGUGUGGAAAUGGACGCUGCUCCAGCCGUGGACCUCACCAGGCUCCUCAACAACAUGAGGGCGCAGUACGAAGCCAUUGCCGAGCAGAACCGUAAGGACGCAGAGGCCUGGUUCAUUGAAAAGAGCGGGGAGCUGCGGAAGGAGAUCAGCACCAACACGGAGCAGCUGCAGUCCAGCAAGAGCGAGGUCACCGACCUGAGGCGCGCACUUCAGAACCUGGAGAUCGAGCUCCAGUCCCAGCUGGCCACGAAGAAAUCCCUGGAGGCCUCGCUGGCCGAAGUGGAGGGCGACUACUGCGGCCAGCUGUCCCAGGUGCAGCAGCUCAUCGGCAGCCUGGAGGAGCAGCUGCUCCAGGUGCGCGCCGACACCGAGCGCCAGAACGCCGACCACCAGCGGCUGCUGAACGCCAAGGCCCGCCUGGAGAUGGAGAUCGAGACCUACCGCCGCCUCCUGGACGGCGAGGCCCAAGGCGAUGGCUUUGAUGAGACUUUAUAUGUGACAGAAUCCAAAUCUCAAACGCAGUCGAUUGAUUCCUCUAAAGACCCAACCAAAUCCCGGAGAAUCAAGACAAUUGUGCAGGAAGUGGUGAACGGUGAAGUGGUCUCAUCUCAAGUUCAGGAAGAACUAAUGUAAAAUUUCACAAGAUCUGCCCCAUGACUGGUUCCUUAGGGAUAGGAAAUUUACAAGCAGAAAUUGUCCCUUUCAGAGUAAGAUACCAUAUUAACUCAAUUCUACGUUUGUCUGUUUCAUUUUCCUUGGACUCCCUAUUCACUUUGAGUCCCUAUUGCUCUUCAAUUACAAAUCACUGUGGCCAUGUUGGUCUUUAGAACAAACCAAAAUUGCUUUACAUCUUUCUGGACCUAGAGUAGCCUUCUAAUAAGCUUUCUUUUGGUGACCUGGAACAUAUUUUAAUCACAUGAUUUUGAUCAAGUAUUGUUUUAAUAAAGUUAAAUAAAAGAUGAAUGGUAAUAAUA